AUGCCCCCUGAGGAUCAACAGGAACUGUCCCUGAUGACCAUUGUUUUCCAGUUUCAGAAACAGAGAAACAUAUCUUUGGGCUCAUCUUUCACUGCUGAAAGUGAUAACCCUUUCUGGACUUCACCAUCUGGGGAUUUUGCUUUUGGAUUCCAACAAAUUGGCGAUGAUGGCUUCUUACUAGCCAUAUGGUUCAACAAAAUACCUGAAAGAACCAUAGUCUGGUCAGCGAAUAGAAAGGAUCUAGUUCAGAGGGGAUCAAGGGUACAACUUACCACAGAUGGUCAGUUGGUCCUAGAUGACCAAUCAGGCACACAAAUAUGGAGCACCAUUAAUUCCGGUGGAAUUGGAGCUGCCUAUGCAGCCAUGCUGGACACUGGAAACUUUGUGCUAGCAAGCCAAUCUGCUGUCAAUUUGUGGCAGAGUUUUGAUGAACCAACAGAUACAAUGCUGCCCACACAGACUCUGAGUCAAGGUCAUGAACUAAUUGCUCCCUACCUAGAAAGGAAUUAUUCAGAUGGAAGAUACAAGUUUGCUCUACAGCCUGAUGGGAACCUUUCCCUGUACACCACACGUUAUCCAUCUACUGUCAAUAAUUUUGCUUAUUGGAGUACCCAAAGUUCUAUAGCAAGAAAUGGUUCUGUGAUUAAUACUGUAUUCUCUAUACAAGUUUCGAUGCAAGAUUUCUACCAGAGGGCAACCCUUGACUAUGAUGGAGUUUUUAGGCACUAUGUCUACCCAAAGACUGCUGCUUCAAGCAGCGGAAACGGGGAUAUGGCCUGGACUACUUCGUCUUUCGUACCAUCAAAUAUCUGCACGGCCAUUCGAGGACAAGUAGGCAGUGGAGCAUGUGGUUACAACAGCGUGUGCAGAUUAGGAGAAGAUCAAAGACCAAGUUGUGAAUGUCCUCCUGGUUACACUUUCGUGGAUCCCAGUGAUGUGAGGAAGGGAUGUAAGACAAACUUUGUUUCACAGGAUUGUGACCAACCAUCGCAAGGAACAGAUGACUUGGAGUUCGAGGUGAUGCCUAACUUAAAUUGGCCAUCCAAUGAUUAUGAAUUUUUUGGUUCAGAGAAAGAGGAUUGGUGCAGACAGGCUUGCUUGAGUGAUUGCUUUUGUGCUGUUGUUAUUUUCAAUAGUGCUGGAGAGUGUUGGAAGAAGAGAAUCCCUCUCUCGAAUGGGAUGAUAGAUCCAGACACUUAUGGAACCAAAGCCCUGAUAAAAGUAAGGAAAGGCAACUCCACUGCAGGUUCAUGCGCAAAGAAGAAUGAUCGAUCAACUUUGAUCAUAACAGGCUCAGUACUUUUAGGCAACUCCGUCUUUCUAAAUGUGAUCUCAUUGCUAGGAAUCUAUGUGUUCUUUUCUCGAAAGAACCGACAAAAAGCAAAAAUGAUCCAUCCACAUAACGUCAUGCCCGAUGAGAAUCCGGUAAGUUUUACUUACAAUGAGCUCCAAACAGCUACUGGAGGAUUCAAGGAAGAACUGGGAAGUGGUGCUUUCGGAACUGUUUACAAAGGGAUCUGGAAAAUGAAGGUACAUCUCUCAUUGCAAAAGAAAUUUGAGCUUGAUGUAAUGGAAGAAGAUCAGAUAGUUCUUGCAGACUGGGCAUAUGAUUGCUUCAAAGAAGAAAAGUUAGACCUCUUAGUAGUAGAAGAUGAAGAAGCCAUGGAAGACAUGAAAAGGGUGGAGAGUUUUGUGAUGGUAGCAAUUUGGUGCGUUCAGGAGGAUCCAUCUUUAAGACCUGGAAUGAAGAAAGUUUUACAGAUGUUAGAAGGAGAUGUUCAAGUCUCCGUUCCUCCUGACCCUUCAUCAUUCGUCAGCUCAAUCUAA